CGUCAUGAACGCGUCCAACACAAGUGUAAAUCUCUUAGAAGCACAUUUGCAACUUACGAGAUUUGCUGUACAAAAAGUUAUCACUCCUGUUAUCGCUUCUUCGGGGAUUAUACUCAAUAUAUUAAACGUUCUCGUUCUAUCAAGAAGGAAUAUGAGAUCUUCAUCUACGAAUACUUACCUCUUUGCCUUAGCUAUUUGCGAUAUCGGAUAUCUAAGUCUAGCUUUGACCUUGACUUUAAGACAUUAUGAUGACAUAGUAAAGGGAUCAUUGCAUUUUGAAAGGUACUAUUUAGCUGCUAGAGUUAUGGCCAAUGUCUUUUCAAAUGCUGCAGUGUGGCUAACUUUAACUUUUACUGUCGAACGUUACGUUUGCGUUUGUUUCCCAAUGAGAGGCAAAGCAAUAUGUACACCGUAUAGGGCCAGAUCGACCGUUUUAGUUGUUUGUUCAAUAGCUACUUUACUAACCUUACCUCAAGCAGGAGAGAAAACAGUAAUUGAAGAUGGAGGAAAUAUCUCAAUAGACUUUACGUCGUUAGGAGAUUUAGCAUCUUACCAGUGGGGUUACGUUUAUACUAAUCAGGCAUUGUUCACCUUUAUUCCAAUGAUAUUGUUGACCAUCUUUAAUAGUUUACUGAUAAGAACUGUUAUGAAAGCUGCUAAGAAGAGGACUAUUCUAAGAGCUGGCCAAAAGCCUAAAAUAUCGGAACAGCAUCGGACGACUAUUAUGCUCAUUAGUAUCGUUAUGGUAUUUCUUAUAUGUCAAACUCCUCAGGCAACAACUAACAUUGUGUGGGCCUAUUUUAAGCUAACUAACAGUAUUGAUGAUAGGCGCAAAAGGGUUAUGCAUAUUGUGGGAAACAUCUGUAAUCUUUUGGUUAUCAUCAACGCUUCUAUAAAUUUUGCCCUAUAUUCUAGCUUAAGUGAAAGGGACGUGAAUCUCCAACCGUAAUUUAGUCAAUAUGUCACCUAUUUUCCCUUUCUUCUUUUUUUAUUCCAAUUUACCGUAUCGUUAGAAUAAUUUGUAUAAAGAAUUUCCAAUUCGUUCAGGGAUAAAAAAGGUCAAUGGGAGUUCGACCUUGACUAAAACAGGGAUAACUUUGUAAUAGGUAAAUCUUUGCUCUUUUUAAGCAAAAAGUAACUUUCUCUGCAAAUAUGAAAUACUUUAAUGAUAAAAACUAUAAGAGUUUGUGUCAAUUGCCUUUUUCUUCUUUUCAUAUUAACUUUAUCCCCUUUCUUUUACGUAAAAGUUCCUUUAAAAUAUUUUUCUUUGCAGUAUAAUUUUAAAUAAUAAGAGAAUGAGGUAAAUAGAUACAUUUCAACUUCAUUAAACGCAAUAUUUAGAUAGAAACAUGUGAUAGAAUCAACAGCCAAAAUUUCUCUGAUAUAGAAAUUUAAAAAGAAAGAGGAAUUUUUUCUAAUCAAUUAUUACUAAAAAUAACUUAUCAAAUAGUUAAUUAAUUAACUUGGAAAAUCUUCUUUAAUGGAUAAAAAUCAACAGUAAAAAAAAUAAGAACUUCCUCUAUCUGAUUAUCUACAAAAAAUAGAGGAGUUCUUAUAGCUUAACGAUUGUUGAUUCACGUCCUAGCUUCCGGAAGACAAUUGGAGCAAUUUUUUGGUGCCCUGAAGAAAAUCGACUCCCCAGGAACUAUCGGUCUCAGUUUGAAUUAGUUGUAUCCAAUACAACUGCUUUAGCAGUUUAAGAACUCUGAUUUUGUUAAGAAGAAUUUCAAUAAUUAAUUAUAGCAUAGGAAAGGGAUCAUUAAAAUAAUUUCGUUUAUCCUAAUCUUAAUCUUUUGCUAAUCAUUUCAACUAUACUUUGAAUGAAAAAAGGAAAUAGAAGAAACAUAAUAAUAAGCAUUUCUCGUUUAAUAGAGGAUAAAUAUCAUAUACUUAUUGAAAAUCUUUAAGACAAAAACAAAAGGAAGAGAAAAUUAGAGAGGACUAAAGACACUUUUGGAAAUUUUAACAAUUGUUAUAAAACGCGAGACGGAGAGAAAACAUCGCGAAACAAGUAGCAUAUUAAUAUAUUAAUAAAAUGGUUUUAUAUAUGUAUAUGAAUGUAAUUUUUUUUGUUCUAAUAUUAGAAGAAAUAAAUAAAAUGGC